GGCAGCUGUGUUUGGCAGGGAAACGCUGGAGGUUUCUGACACCACGGUAUCAUAAGUUCCCUCUUAUCAAUAGCUUUCUACCUCACCAUCAGUUUGGAUACAACCACAAGCUGCUACAUCUCAACACGAUCUCGCUACAGAUUCAGUAUGACUCUCACAGACUUCCUCGUUGUGUCAGAUAUUGCUUCAGCUAUCAACGCUUGCAGGGCAAACGACUCCUUCAGCCCAAAGAAGUUUUUUGCGAUGGUGGGAUUGUCCAAGAAGUCUCCCCCUGAGAUUGAGAAGAUCUUCAUGAUCCUGGACCAGGACAAGAGUGGCUACAUCGAACAGGACGAGCUACAGCUUUUCCUCCAGAACUUCUCCAAGGGGGCUCGUCCCCUGACAACGGCUGAGACAAGAGCCUUCCUCCUGGCUGGGGACAAGGACGGGAAUGGAAAGAUAGGCUGGGACGGUUGGGUUACUAGGCAACGAGGGUCGAGUCCAAAAGUUCUCCAACCUUGUCAUGUCUUCAUAAAGAGAUGAAGAGGAGGAAGAUAUGUAUUUUGACAAUUUGAAGACAAGCUGUACAUGGUCUGUGUGAAUCUGCUCAGUGCCUUCAUAUACAGAUACUGUAUCUGGGUUUGACCAUAAAUAAUAUAGCACCUGUCUUCAUAUGACACGAUGUGAUGUAUCCUAGCCAUGUCAUUGACAAGCUGGGCCUUUUCAUGAGCAUGUAGCCCAGGGUAAGGAGUCAAGUCAACAAACGUCUAUAUUCCUCUCAUGUGUAUCCAUCUGCAGUAGAUCAUCCAAACCAAGUCAUUUCCUCCUCAUGAUUAUAUGAAGGGCAGACGAGGGAUGAAGUUUCUUGCUAUAAACUGAUAACUUUGGAACCUUUCAACUGUCAAGAAGAUUAUGUAUAUGUUUCUAUCAACAACAACAGCAACUUUUAAAAUGUUUAAAUGAGACUGUGCUGGUAUGGAGGUGAUUUAUGUUGUUUACAAGUAUGACAAGCACAGUAUCGUCUAGCAUAAGAAUGAUGAAUCUAUGCAAAUAAUGAUCAAGUAUAAAAUCGAGGCCUACAUCACAUGAAUAUAGCAAUUUGCAACAGAGACAUUAGUGUCCAUAAUGGUUAAUACUAUAAUGUACACUAGCUUAAAACAGUUACAUUUGUAUAUAAAACUAAAUGAUCUGAUUUGACA